ACUUAAACAGAGCAUACAUUUAAUAAGCAUGCAAUACGAAUAAGAAAAAGGCUAAUUAUUAAAGUAUAUGAAUUGUUUUAUUAUGUUGGCCGGCGCGAAUAAACGGAAUAAUCACCUCAAGGCAGGGCAAUAAACAGUUUGAUAUGCCCGGCUCGCGGAAGGUUACCGCCCGAGACGAUUGCCCGGCCUCUCUGUGAUUAUUCCUUACUUCAUUUAGUUAGUAGUAACCUGCUCCCGCCAAAGCAAACGUCUAAAAAAAAGUGAAUGAAUGAAAGAAUGGCAGCACUCGUAUCAAAAAAAAAUUGUACCUCGUCCCUUUGGGAGCAUUUCGGCUUUCAGCCAAAUGAAAAGGGGGAACCAGCCAAUUUAGAUGUGGCCAUCUGUAAAAUCUGCCGCAAAUCGGUUCAAGUUAAACGUGGAAAUACAACAAAUUUAAGGGCUCACCUAUCAAGCUACCAUCCAUCUAUUGCGGCGCGGAUUGCCACACAGGGUAGCGGAGCAGCUCAUGUCGGUGCUAGCCGACAGCUUGGAGUCGCCGAAGCCUUUUCUCGAGUCGGCAAAUACAGCAGAGACAGUGACAGACAUAAACGCCUAACAGGCGCUGUUACAAGGUAUCUAGUUGAGGAGAUGGUGCCGUUUUCCACUGUACAGAAACCUUCUUUCAAGUCACUGCUCGAGAAAUUUGAUAAGCAAUAUGAGUUGCCAGGAAAAACCUACUUCUCAGAAACUGCUGUGCCUAAAAUGUACAAUUCAGUAAGAGCAUCAGUUCAGAGUGAGCUCAGAAGUGUGGACUUUUUCUCUGCCACCACUGACAUGUGGUCAAGUGUGAACAUGACUCCUUACAUGAGUCUUACUGUUCAUUACCUGACCACAGACUGGACUCUAAAAUCACGCUGCCUCGAAACAGUGUUUAUGCCCCUGAAUCACACAUCUGACAACAUCGCAGAGGCUCUACGCAGCGCAUUUGAUGAGUGGUCCCUGGAUGAGAAGAAGCUGGCGUGCGUAACGACAGAUAACGGGGCAAACAUCGUGGCAGCAGUGAAACAAUUGGGCUGGACGUGGCUGAACUGCUUCGGACACAAUCUACACUUGGCAGUGACAAACGCAAUGGCAAGCGUUAAAGAUCGCACAUCGCGAGCAAUGGGCCAGUGCCAUACCUUAGUGGGUGCGUUCUCCCAGAGCUGGCUGAAGAGGAGGGAUCUGGCGAAAGCGCAAGCGGAGCUUCAAACCCCGCAGCACGUACUCAUAAUGGACUGUCCAACAAGAUGGGGCUCCAAACAAAAAAUGGUGGACCGAGUCUUGGAGCAAAUCCCCGCCAUAAAACGAGUUUUGGAUGAUCGGCGGCAUCAGCAUCUCAUCCCCAGCUGGCAGGACAUUGCCGUUUUGGAGUCGGUGAACGCGGCGUUAAAGCCAGCGGCUGAUUUUACGGAUCUGCUGUCUGGCGAGAACUACGUCACGGUCUCAUCAAUUAAACCUGUCCUGAAACUCCUCACGGAAGAUGUCUUAAAACCAUCAGACGAGGACACCACUCUGACCUCAGACAUCAAGCGGAAGAUGUGCAGUGUUCUCGAGGAGAAGUACAGACCAGCUGCUCUACAAGCAACUUUGGCAAAGUCCUGCUUGCUGGACCCAAGAUAUCGGGGCAACAAUUUUGAUGAGUAUGCGGAGGAGGAGACAAAGUGCGCGCUGAUCAAUGAAAUGUUGGACACGGAAGACAGAGAGAGCGGUGCCAGUGCGUCAGCUGCUGACCAGCCAGAGUCCUUGGUGCAGACAGCGGUGCCACCACCCACCAAAAAAAGAACGCUCGGAGACCUGCUGAAGUCACGGACAAGCACGUCUGCAACCGUCCCGAAGAGAGCCAGAGCCGACCUGGAGCUCACUCGCUACCUGCAGGAGGAACCCAUCGACUCUAAUGACAACCCCCUGGCAUGGUGGUGCAACAACCAGGAGAGAUUUCCCUUGCUCUCCAAAGUGGCACGCAAGUACAUGUGUAUUUGCGCAACAAGCACACCAUCCGAGAGGGUUUUCAGUGUCGCUGGAAAUGUUGUCACCCCUCUCAGAUCCUGUCUCAAACCGCAUAAGGUUAACAUGCUGGUUUUCCUUGCUCGUAACAAGGACAUGACCGAGUUAUAAAUCAUCGCGUGUGUG